AUGGCGUCCAUCAGCAGACAGACGACGAGCGUCUUCUUCUUACUCCUCAUCGCGGCUUCCCUCCCAGCAUGCACCGGGACACCGGGAGCAUGUUUCCCUGCAGGAGGCCUGUUCGUGCACAGAUCUGAGGCCAGCGGGUUCCUGCACCGGACUCGACGGGCCAACUCUUUCCUGGAGGAGCUGAGGCAGGGCAACCUGGAGCGGGAAUGCUACGAGGAGAAAUGUUCCUACGAGGAGGCCAGGGAGAUAAUCCCCCAGUCGCAGCAGCUGGAGAACUUCUGGAGGACAUACACAGCGGUGGACCUGUGCUUAUCGUCUCCCUGUAAGAACGGCGCUACCUGCACCCGUCACUUCAACACCUACACCUGCAAAUGUGCCGCCGGUUUCCACGGCUCCAACUGUGACAAAGUGCGCUCUACAUCAACCAGGUGUCGGCACAGAAACGGCGGAUGUGAGCAUUUCUGCAGACAGGUGACGGAUCGAAGCCGAGUCUGUUUCUGCGCUCCAGGAUACGUUCUGGAUCGGGACAACAGCACCUGUCUGGCUCAAGAUCCAGUCGCCUGUGGAAGACCGCUGGUAAACUUCGCCCCCAGGGUUGUUAACGGGCAGAUCUGCCCCAAAGGACACUGUCCAUGGCAGGCGGCGCUGUACGAACAUGGCCGCUUCAGCUGCGGCGCCAUCGUCCUGUCCGAUGCGUGGAUGCUGACCGCGGCUCACUGCGUGUGGCGCAAACCUUCGGCCAUCUUCCACGUGGACGUAGGCAAACACGACCUAAAGACCACGGAGAAGUCGGAGCAGCGGCGGCGUGUGCUCAACAUCACCAUCCACCCGGACUACAACUACUCCACCACCGACAGCGACCUGGCCCUGUUGAAGCUGCAGCGGCCGGUCAAACUCAGCCGCUACGUGGUGCCCAUCUGCCUGCCCGCCCGGAACAGCACCUUCAGCUGGACGCUGUCCUCCAUGCGCCGCGCCACCGUGUCCGGGUGGGGUCGCCUGGUGGAGGCCGGCCCCACCGCGCGCUUCCUGCAGCGGCUGGAGCUGCCCAGGGUCCCGCUGCAGGAGUGCCGCCUCCACACCCAGCUCAACAUCACCAAAAACAUGUUCUGCGCCGGGCACAGGAAGGGCGGCCAGGACGCCUGCGAGGGCGACAGCGGCGGCCCGCUGGUGGUGCGCUACAGGAAGACCUGGUUCCUGACGGGGGUGGUGAGCUGGGGCAAGGGCUGCGCCAAGGAAAACAUGUACGGCGUGUACGCCAAAGUCAUUAACUUCCUGGACUGGAUCGAGUCAGUCAUGGCUACUGUGUUUCAUCACUCCUCAGGGUCUCUCCAUGUGACGAGAGACGAGCGGUGGGAGGGGAGGCAGAAGACUUUGUACCUUUGUGUCCCCACAAAGAAGAGUGAUGCUAGCUUUCUGAUGAAAUCAACCAUGUGGCUAAGGGUCUUCGUCACCUUCGUCUUCACGCUGCAGGGCUCCCGGCCGGCUUCAGUGUUUCUGGAGCCCCAGGAGGCCCACGGCGUCCUGGUCCGGACCCGCCGCUACAACUCUGGCUGGUUUGAGGAGCUGAAACUGGGAGAUCUGGAGCGGGAGUGUUUGGAGGAGAUUUGUAGCUUUGAGGAGGCCAGGGAGGUGUUUGAACACACCGAGAUGACGAACGAGUUCUGGAAGCGGUACUCCGUCCCUGACAGCUGUAAGUCCGGUCCCUGUCAGAACCGAGGGACCUGCAUCACCGACGGAGCGUCCUACACCUGCCUAUGUCUUCCUCAGUUCAGAGGAGUCGACUGUGAGCUCGAACAGCAGCAGGAGUCCAGCAGUUGUCUCCUGCAGAACGGAGGAUGUGAACAUUUCUGUGAUGAAGACGCGUUUGGACGAAGACUGGCGUGUUCGUGUGCCGAUGGUUACGAACUGGACAGCGAUGAGCGGCACUGCAUCGCUAAAGAGCCGAUAGCCUGCGGCACGGUCCCCGUCCUGCAGAAUGUAACCGGAGACAACCUGCUGAGGAUUGUGGGAGGGAACGAGUGUCCCAAAGGUGAAUGCCCCUGGCAGGUUCUGCUGACGUACAAAGGCAAAGGUUUCUGUGGAGGAGUGAUCUACAAACCCACAUGGAUCCUCACAGCCUCUCACUGCCUGGAGAACACCAACCCACAGCUACUGAAAGUGGUUGCAGGCGAACACGACAUCUCCUUCAACGAGUCCACCGAGCAGGUCAUCCAGGUUGCAGAGGUCAUCAUGCAUGAGAACUACGUGACGAGUACCGUAGACAACGACAUCGCCCUCCUGCGCCUGGAGUCCCCCAUAGUCUACUCACCGUACGCGGUCCCCGUCUGCCUGCCGACGCGCCGGCUGGCCGAGCGGGAACUCUGGGCGGUGGACCUGCACACGGUGAGCGGUUGGGGGAAGCGGAGCGAGAACGGACCCACCUCCGUCCUGCUCAGACGCACCAAGGUGCCCCGCAUACGAAAGCAGACCUGCAUAGAGCAGAGCGGCGUCACGCUGACGGACAACAUGUUCUGUGCCGGCUACCUGGACGGCCGCACCGACUCGUGCAAAGGCGACAGCGGCGGCCCGUUGGUCACCAAGUACAAGAAGACGCGCUUCCUGCUGGGCAUAGUCAGCUGGGGGAAGGGCUGCGCCCGGCCGGGCAACUACGGCAUCUACACCCGAGUCUCCAACUACCUGCAGUGGAUCCACAACCGAACGGCGACGCCGGGCUGGAGCGGAAACACCACAGAAACCGUCCUGAACUCGUCUACGGUCGUUAAUCAGUGAAUUUUACAUAACCUCUGCAGAAACACCACAGAAACCGUCCUGAACUCGUCUACGGUCAUUAUUCAGUGAAUUUUAUAUAACCUCAGCAGAAACACCACAGAAACCGUCCUGAACUCGUCUACGGUCAUUAUUCAGUGAAUUCUAUAUAACCUCUGCAGAAACACCACAGAAACCGUCCUGAACUCGUCUACGGUCAUUAAUCAGUGAAUUUUACAUAACCUCUGCAGAAACACCACAGAAACCGUCCUGAACUCGUCUACGGUCAUUAAUCAGUGAAUUUUACAUAACCUCUGCAGAAACACCACAGAAACCGUCCUGAACUCGUCUACGGUCAUUAAUCAGUGAAUUUUAUAUAACCUCUGCAGAAACACCACAGAAACCGUCCUGAACUCGUCUACGGUCAUUAAUCAGUGAAUUUUAUAUAACCUCUGCAGAAACACCACAGAAACCGUCCUGAACUCGUCUACGGUCAUUAUUCAGUGAAUUUUACAUAACCUCUGCAGAAACACCACAGAAACCGUCCUGAACUCGUCUACGGUGAUUAAUCAGUGAAUUUUACAUAACCUCUGCAGAAACACCACAGAAACCGUCCUGAACUCGUCUACGGUCAUUAAUCAGUGAAUUUUACAUAACCUCUGCAGAAACACCACAGAAACCGUCCUGAACUCGUCUACGGUCAUUAAUCAGUGAAUUUUACAUGACCUCUGCAGAAACACCACAGAAACCGUCCUGAACUCGUCUACGGUCAUUAUUCAGUGAAUUUUAUAUAACCUCUGCAGAAACACCACAGAAACCGUCCUGAACUCGUCUACGGUCAUUAAUCAGUGAAUUUUAUAUAACCUCUGCAGAAACACCACAGAAACCGUCCUGAACUCGUCUACGGUCAUUAAUCAGUGAAUUUUAUAUAACCUCUGCAGAAACACCACAGAAACCGUCCUGAACUCGUCUACGGUCAUUAUUCAGUGAAUUUUAUAUAACCUCUGCAGAAACACCACAGAAACCGUCCUGAACUCGUCUACGGUCAUUAAUCAGUGAAUUUUAUAUAACCUCUGCAGAAACACCACAGAAACCGUCCUGAACUCGUCUACGGUCAUUAUUCAGUGAAUUUUAUAUAACCUCUGCAGAAACACCACAGAAACCGUCCUGAACUCGUCUACGGUCAUUAAUCAGUGAAUUUUACAUAACCUCUGCAGAAACACCACAGAAACCGUCCUGAACUCGUCUACGGUCAUUAUUCAGUGAAUUUUAUAUAACCUCUGCGGAAACACCACAGAAACCGUCCUGAACUCGUCUACGGUCAUUAAUCAGUGAAUUUUACAUAACCUCUGC